AUGAGCAAUGUUGAAAGACAAAUUGCUCGCCAAAAGUCCGCAACCCAAAAAAUUCAAUUUGGAGAGAAGAAAAACGACAAGAAGUCUACGAAAGGAGAGUCAAAAGAAAAUGAAAAAGGCCAAAGCAAAGAUCCACCCAAAAAGCUCACUCUUAAAGAACGCAAAGAGGUCAAAUAUUCUUUUGACGAUGAUGUUGUAGAAGAAAUCUUUGAUCAAUUUUUGGCCUCCAAAGCUAUUACUCUGUCCGAAUCAAAGCGUCCUACUAAGGCCAACAAGACAAAUGACCCUAGAUAUUGUCGGUAUCAUCGCCUUGUCAGUCAUACGCUCAAGGAUUGUUAUAUCUUGAAGGACAAAAUCCAAGAGCUCCUCAACAAUGGCGGUUUAGAGAUAGACUCUUCUUCCCAACAUCAUUCAGCUGCGGCAAAUAUGAUAGAAGAAAAGCUCACACCCAUCACUGCAUUACUAGAUGGAGUGAAAUUUGCAGGUAUUAAUUCCGAUAACGAGGGCACAAUCGUACAUGUUUGUCUGAAGGCACCGCAGUCUAAUAAUCUUCAAAUUCCUACUCUUCAUGAGCUCAUGGCUGCAUCCAGUCUAGAGAUAUGA